AAUCUUGAUCAUUUAUAAAAUCUUUUGGUUCUUAAGGAAUGGAUCCAAUCUAACAAGGAAGAGGAAAAGCCGAAACAAAGAAUCUCUUUGCUCUUUCAAAAGAUGGAGAGGACAGUCGAUGUUCAAGUUGCCAAAGAUCUCUUAGAAAAGGGUCGCCUCUGUUUGGAUGUUAGGACAGUUGAAGAGUAUAACAAAGGCCAUGUUGAGAAUGCACUAAAUGUUCCCUACGUGUUCUUCACCCCAGAAGGUCAAGUAAAGAAUCCCGACUUUCUAGCACAAGUUACAUCCAUAUUAAAGAAGGAAGAUCAUAUAGUGGUGAAUUGCAACAGAGGUGGUAGAGGCCUUCGUGCUUGCGUCGAUCUUCUUAACGCGGGCUUCGAGCAUGUGAAUAACAUGGGAGGAGGCUACUCUGCUUGGGUUGACAGUGGAUUUGCUGGUGAGAAACCACCUGAAGAACUCAAAAUAGCUUGCAAGUUCCGAGGUAGUUUAUCAUAAACUCCAUAUUUCAGGAAGUUAGAGUACUUCCAAGGAGUUUGUUGUAAGCUUGAACUAAGUGAACAGUGUUUGUAGUUUGUGUUGUUCUACAGAAUAAAUAUUUUAGUUCCAGCAUUUCUGAAGUUUCAUUGUCUGUUGUACAAAAGAAAAAGUCUCGAAGUUCCAAUUUCUUCUUCUUUCA